AUGGCAAGAGAAUGGCUCAGAGAAUGUUCGGAAAAUCAUGAUGGAUGUCGCGUACGAUUCAAUUCGAAGAGCCUCCCAUCGAGGCUAAUCGACGUUGGGUAUUCCGAUAAAAGCGGUGAUUUCAGUGUGCCACAUCUUAUAGACACCCAUGGAUCUUUGCCUUCAGAGAUGAAAACUGGGAAGGAUUGGCAGUACGUCACUUUGAGCCACUGCUGGGGAAAAUCGACGCACUUGUCAACUAAGAAAGACACCUUGAAUGAAAGGAAAUACGCAAUUCCGGUGAAUAGUUUGAACAAGACAUAUGCAGACGCUGUACGCGCAACUAGAGAACUGCAAAUGCGAUAUUUGUGGAUCGAUUCGCUUUGCAUUAUCCAGGACUCCGAUGAAGAAUGGAUUGAGGAAUCGUCCAAAAUGUGCUUCGUCUACAACAACGCUAAAUUCAACAUUGCCGCUGCAGCAGCGCUUGACGGAGAUAGCGGGUUCUUACCCAAGAGAUUGAGUGUUAAAAUUGGCCAUAUUCUUCGCUCUGACAGAAAGACUGUAUCGAGAUCUUUGUGGAUUCGACCGUGUAUUCAAACCGGACACGCAACUGGAGAAGUGGAAAGUAUUUUGGCGGCUCGGACGAUGAUAUACUCACCUGUUGGCAUGCACUUCCGGUGUCGCAUGAGCAAAAGAUCCGAUGAAGACCCAGCGAAAGAUGCAGGAGAUCUUAAUAUCUUUGUUGGUAGUAAGCUUGCUACCUUUCCUUUCCUAGCUCUGAACAAAGGACAAAAGCAAUUCUGUUCUCCCCGAGAAAUAGACGCAUGGUACCAACUGCUAGAAGUAUAUUCAGGAAAGCAAAUAUUGCAUAGAAAGGACAAGCUCCCGGCAGUGGCUGGUUUGGCGUAUCAGCUCGGAUCAAUAAUAGGAGAUACGUACCUUGCAGGCCUUUGGGCGCGCGAUUUUCCGCAAGCCUUGUGCUGGCUGCCUCAUCGACCUAGUUCUGGAUGUGUUCGUCGCUCCACACUGCCGGCUGAUAUUGAAUAUAGCGCCCCUUCAUGGUCAUGGGCAUCGUGUCAUACCCUAUUCAGCUAUGCUCCCGUGGCUUUCAAGGGCGCCAAACUGCUAACAGAAGAUACACCACUCAGUUAUUACUCUUGUCCAGAUUACGAGAACACAGAUAUUUUGUGGGAUGCAAUGUUGGUAGGUGCCCACAUAGACUUCGUUUCCAAUCGCUAUGGGCCAGUGAAAAGUGGAUCAAUCAUUGUCAAAGGUCAUCUUCUCAAAAUUGAUAUUUCUUGCUUCGUAAGUCCAUUUCGAGAAAACGUCGCGGUGUACAACCGGUUGGUAUUGGAGACGUUUUACGCUGAUGUAAAACUGGAUUUAAGCAAAAAAUACUGGGCCCUACUGUUAGGAUAUGAGCGUCGCAAGACCAUCAUCAAAUCUUGUAGUUCGACAAAAGAACGCACUUUGGUGCUCUUGAAGCCGAUGAGAGACGGAAUGGAUCGAAGAAUCUGCCUGGGAUUGAUUUUGAUGAAUUUCGGAUGUGGCUCAUUCAAACAUGUUGCAUACUUCCAGAAGUUCGAUGCAGUAUGGCCACCUGAGACCAGAGACGUCGUAAUCUGGUAA